AAGAAGUCUCAGGACACCAUCAAUGGGGCGCACCGUCUCUUCGCAGGAACUCGGAGAGACUGGGUAGCCAUUCUGCGCCGCUUGAGCCGCCGCCGGAGUCGCGGGACCGUUCGCUCCGUGUUCAUCAUCGAGUGGCAACUCCCGUCAAUGUCAAGGAUAAAUUCGCAGGUGAAGACAGUAUAUACUCCGGGGCAACCCUGUCGCUCGGCGGUGGAAACCGGGCGCCGGUUCGCAGCACCUUGUGCUAUGUUGUGGUGCAUUCUCGUACUAGCCCUUCCCCGUAAUGCGCACGGUAAAUUCCGCCCAUAUGCAAACAACGGUGGAUCACUGGCGGCAGCGUGUGGUCACGGCUUCGCUCUGAUUGCGGCAGACUCGCAGUUCUUACACGGUAUGAUGAUAACCUCAUCGGUCUUCGACCGCGUGGUACCUCUCUCUGACGUGGUGCUCAUGGGUACUUCAGGCUGUGCUGCGGACUGUGAGUCAAUGACCCAUGACGUACGAACAGAGGCGGAACGAUAUAUCGUGGGUGCGAAAUUAUCAAUGGAUGCUUCGGUGGCAGCGCAGCUAUGCUCAGGGGCAAUGUAUGCACGGCGAGGUUUCCCCCAUCAUAUGUCACUGGUGGUUUGCGGACUCGACAGCGUAGGGUUUGGUCGAGUGUUUGUUUUUGAUUCAAUUGGCUCACUUAUGGAAGGUCCAACAGUUACGGCCGGGUCCGCACGGGAAGUCCUUCAAUCGGUCCUUGAUGGACUUACCCCCUGGCAUUGUUCCAGUUGUGGUAAGAGAGUGCCCAACUUUCAAUGCGCCGAUGAUGCCAGGGAAGUCCUACUGGCCGCAUUCCGAGUUGCAGCCAGGAGAGAUGCGACCGUUGGGCGCCUUGUCGAUCUCACUCUUGUCCGACAGACGGAAGCACCACUCCGCGAGACCGUAUUGGUUGAUGGCCUCGCGAAGUCAACGAAAUUCCUCGCUGGUUAGAUUGAGUAUCGCUUGCAGCGAUUGCUGGUGUAUCAGACGGAUGCAAAUUUAUUACAUAUUGCCCACCCGGACGCGGCGCGCCGUCCACGCGCCUUGAGCUUUCCGCUGCGCUCGUAGACGCAGGCCAUGGGGGUGUCGAGCACCUCGGCGUCCAGCGGGAGCUCGCCCUUGGGGGAAAUGGCAGUAUUGCCUCACCCCCCUUCAAUUGUAUCAAAAAUGAUAUGAUUGUAAUUACCCGCCGGGCAAUGAAAUAACAAAAGCAACACCUC